AUGAGACCACCAUAUGGCGAUAUAGAUAAUCGUGUUAGAGGUGUACUUGCCUUAUUAGGAUAUAAAGUUGUUAUAUGGGAUCAUGACACAGAUGAUUGGAAGUCAACAUAUGCAGGUUUUGUACCGGAUUCUAUUACUACAGAUUUUACUGAAUGGGCAAAAAAUACAACCGCAACCACUGGUCAUAUUUCUUUGGAACAUGACUUGUAUCCUAUAGCUGCUAAAAUGGCAAUUCCAUCCCUUGAUAUUGUUUUGGGUGCUAAUUUUCAAGUAGAACAAGUGGCCAAGUGUGUAUCUGAAUCUCCAUAUCGUGAAUUUAUUGGUUUUCCUGGUGAUAAUUCUACUAGCCCAACUCCAGCAAUUACUACUAGUGCCAUGACACCAACUACAGCAACGGCAUCGACAGCGACGCCAAUAUCAUCACCAAAACCAUACAAGGCGCAAGUGCCUACUACAACUUAUCCACCAGUUGAUGUACCACCACCGUUUAAACCAGAAUGGGCAAUCGACUUGAGUCAAGUCCCAAAUGCUCCAAUUGUUCCAAAAAAUAAAGUAGGUUCGGAUUGUCUUGCUAAUGACCCAUUUUGUGAUUGGAGUUGUACAAAUUGCAUAAAUCAAACUACUGAUUAUGAUCGUUGUCCUGAUAAAAAUG